CGGGGGGCGGCCACCCUCUGUGCAUGGGCCCUCUCCUCCGAGAGCCUUCUCGAUCCUUUUCCAAUUGACGUGAUCCAGAAAAAUUAUGUCCGUAAUGUGAGAAACUGCAUUUUUUCAAUUGUCUAUCCUACACCUUUUAAAUCUAGAGUUCAUCUUGUAGCUGUUUCAAAGGAAGUUCUUGAAAAUAUUUUGGAUCUUGAUAUAUCUGUCAAAGGAACAUCUGAUUUUCUUCAUUUCAUCAGUGGUGAGAAAGUGAUGAUUGGGUCUGUUCCAUUGGCCCAUAGGUAUGGGGGUCAUCAGUUUGGUAGCUGGGCAGGGCAGCUGGGUGAUGGAAGAGCCCACUUGAUUGGAGUAUAUACAAACAGGCAUGGUGAGAGGUGGGAACUACAGUUAAAAGGAUCAGGGAAGACCCCAUAUUCCAGGAAUGGUGAUGGAAGAGCUGUGCUUCGUUCUUCUGUGCGAGAAUUUUUGUGUAGUGAGGCCAUGCACUAUCUUGGAAUUCCUACAAGCAGAGCUGCUAGCUUAGUUGUAAGUGACGAUGAUGUGUGGAGAGACCAGUUUUACAAUGGAAAUAUCAAGAAAGAAAGAGGUGCAAUAGUGCUACGUCUUGCCAGAUCGUGGUUUCGUAUAGGAUCCUUAGAAAUCUUAGCUCAUUCUGGGGAACUGGACUUACAAAGAAGAUUGCUAGACUUUGUCAUCCAGGAACAUUUUCCGUCAAUAGCCAUGAGUGAUUCAAAUAGAUAUCUGGAAUUCUUCUCUACAGUCGUAUCAGAGACUGCAAAUCUGAUUGCAUUGUGGAUGUCUGUGGGGUUUGCACAUGGUGUGUGCAAUACAGAUAACUUCAGUUUAUUAUCCAUAACAAUAGAUUAUGGUCCAUUUGGAUUUAUGGACUCUUAUGACCCAAAUUUUGUUCCAAACACAUCCGAUGAUGAAAAGAGGUAUAAAAUAGGAAACCAAGCAAAUGUUGGGCUCUUUAAUCUCAGCAAGCUGUUACAAGCUCUAAAACCUUUAUUGGAUCCCAGGCAAAAGCAGCUAGCUUCCCAGAUUUUGGAGGGAUAUGGUGAGCACUAUUACACCCGUUUCACAGAACUAUUCAAAGCAAAACUGGGUCUUCUUGGGGAGAAUGAGGAUGAUAACUAUUUGAUUGCUUUCCUCCUAAAACUUAUGGAAGAUACAAAGGCUGAUUUUACAAUGACAUUUUGGCAGCUCAGUGAGAUUACUGAAGACCAGUUAAAGGAGCUCCGUAUUCCUGAGGAGUUCUGGGCUCUCCAGGAUCUGGGUAAACACAAGUUAUUUUCAGAAUGGGUUACUAUGUACCUCUUGAGAUUAAAUCGUAACAAGGGUGAUUCAGACGCCAAGAGAAGAACAAGAAUGACAACUUUUAAUCCUAGAUACAUACUUAGGAAUUGGAUGGCAGAAUCAGCAGUGCAGAAAGCUAAUUUGAAUGAUUUCUCAGAGGUUCAUCUCCUACAGCAGAUUUUACAGCAUCCCUUCCAGAGACAGCAGGCUGCAGAGAAAGCAGGCUAUUCCCUGCGCCCCCCAGCUUGGGCCAAGGAUCUCAAAGUGAGCUGUUCCUCCUGA